CCUCAGCUCGGCUCAGCUCUGCUAGAUCUGCUUCUAUCGGUUCAAUUACCUAUCUAGCCAUAUAAUCAUGUAUUCUCUGCGCAAUCGUGUUGCUCUAAUCACGGGUGGUUCACGAGGGCUGGGUGCUCUUGUAGCCCAAAAAUACGCUGCCGAAGGUUGCAAUGUCGCCAUAAAUUACGCCUCGAGCAAAGACGCUGCUGAGAAUCUGGCCGCGGAACUUCGAGAGAGUUACAAGGUCAAGGCUAUUACUAUACAAGGUGAUGCCGGACUUCAGAGUGACUGCGUCAACGUUGUCAAAACCACCAUUGAUCAGUUGGGAGGCUUGGAUAUCAUUGUUUCGAACGCAGGAUGGACCAAGAUGACAAAGUUCGGUGACUUGGACGCUAUGGAUGACGAGGAAUGGGAUAGAUGCUGGUCAAUGAACAUAAAGGGCCAUUUUUAUCUUUUCAAAGCAGCACUGCCCACGUUCAACGCAAACCCUGAGGGUGGCGUGUUCCUCCUGACCUCAUCUAUUGCGGCCGUUACGCCAACUGGAAGCAGCUUGCCAUAUGCGAUCACAAAAGCAGGAGGACUGCACAUGGUGAAAUGUCUCGCACACACUCAAGGUAGCAAGGUCCGCGUGAACGCGGUGCUUCCGGGCCUUCUCUUGACUGAAUGGGGUCAGCGCUUCCCUGCCCAAGCAAUCGAGGGGUGGACGGCAAAGACAGCCCUUAAGAAAGUGCCUGAGCUUGAAGAUGCCGCUCAAGCAUAUGUCAUGCUUGCGCAGAACACAUCUAUGACGGGGCAAGAGAUACAAAUCGAUUCCGGCUUCUCCUUCAAAUAGAGCAAACGCGGAGCCUUACGAGUAGACUUUCUGAAAUGGCAUUGGGGACAGGAACGGGUAAAUAUUGAGUGUGCUAGAGCUGGUAUCACGACGUUAGCAAUAUAGAACACAGAUCAGUUUACUUUUAUCACCAUUCUCCUACACGAGAGGGUUGUAGAACGGUGUAUA